CUUUUCUUCUCUUCAUUCCAAACAAGUAAAUCUUCCAUUGGGUUCCUCUGGUGGUGAUUUCUGUAGUAUUACAAUUUUUGUAAUAUCUUAUUAUCAGAAGAUAUACCAAACCUCUAAUAACAACAAUGGUUCGUCCACGCACAAGACCCUCUGCUAAGGUUCCAGACAAUCCGGCCACCGAUGCUCCACUGCCUCCGACUGGUUCCUCCAGCAACGGCCUCAAUGUAAUGGAAGAGAAGAUUAAGGGCAUAGAAGACAAGAUUGAGGGCAUAAAAUUGAAGAUGGAUGAGAUGGAUAAGAAGCUUAAUAAGUUGGUGAAUCAUAUGAAAAUGAAGGAAGAUGUAGCAGAUCAACAAGCUAGACUUGGCAGCGAGUUGUGCAAAAUAAGGGACCUCAGUGAUUCUGAUAUUUGUCGAGCCAUCAAAGCUCUAUCCACAGGCAUGAUUCGCUGAGGAUUUUCUAUGGUUUGCCUCCUCAUUUGAAGAAAUCAUAUAUUCAAAGCCUUUCACCAAAGUUGGUCAAUCUUAAUCAACUUAUUGGUGGUCAUUAUUAAUUUUUGACUCAUGGAUGAUAUAACUACACAUAUGUUACCUCUUGACUUCCAUGAUGGAGGAGACCUUGUUUGCUAUGUUAUAUGUAUGUCUUUCAAAGAAUAAAUUAAUUAGAUUAAGGGUUAUUAAUUAAGUCGAUUAAGAGAAUGACUACUUAUUAAUA